ACUGCGUAACACAAUGGAGCGUGUUCGGAUCAUCGCUCGAAGUGCAUAAAGCACGUUCAAACAACAAAUCGAGCCUAUUUGAUUUGAAUCGUUGACAUAUCAUGGAAGUACUGAUAAGAUAAAGGAAUAUGAAAAAAAACGAUAUAUUGAAUGAAAAUAUCGAUAUAUAAAAAUAAUCGAUAUAUCGUUGCCAUCUCUACUCCUAACCCAAUUUUAUCUCUCUGUGUCUGUUAUCGUGUUAUCCUUUCUGUUAUCUUUUGUGAUGCUAUCCGUGUUAUGCGUUUAGAGAUUUGGAAUUUGAGUUUUUAGUUUUUGAAUGGUUUUUAUUGUUUUUAGCUGUUCACCCUGGCCGCCAGGUUCUAAGAGCUUUUGAAACAAGUAUUUCUAGACUGUUACUCUAGCAUCAUCAUAAAACAAAAUAGUUGUUUCAGGAAUACAUGAUGCUGUCCACAGAUAAUGCUAUUAGCCUCCUGGAAAAUGGGUUAUUGGGGGUACCGAGAUUCAACCUUGCUGAAGCAAAAAAAGUAUCUGAAGUAUUUCGAAACCUAUUAAUAUCCUGUAGAAUGUCUAUGUCAACUGUAAAGGAAGUGGACUGUGUUGAAUUGGAUUUUAUUUUGAGGGAUAUCAAAAAACAAAUAACAGAGAUAUUAAAGGAAAAUGAAGGGAAACAAAUGUUUAUAUCUAAUUACUAUAAGUGUAGUAAAUGUGAUGUUAUAAUAUACACUGAUGAUAAGAAAAAUGUGUGGGAAUAUCUUCAGUGUCAUAGUCAUUUUGAAGAUAUGUAUUGUGAAGCUUUGACUUACUCCACUGAAUUUAAAACUGAAGGACCUGAGUUGUCUUUAAAUGACAGUAAUAUCGAAAAUAUGACUGACAUCGAAGAGGAAAAGAGCAAUCUUUCUGACAGUGAAAUACAUGUUGAUACCACUGUGGUUGAUAUGGAGAUUGACAUGAAUGAUGUAGGUUCAUCUGGUGUAUUAGAUGAAAAUGGUCCUGAUAAUGAUGUUAACAGCUUCAGAUUUAAUUUUGAUUUACAUUAUGACGAAACUAUAUCAUCAAAACUUUAUCCUCAAGGACUUGAAAAAGCUGUUCAAAAAAUUGAUAGGUGCAAAGAUCCGACAAUUCAAAGAAUUAGUGGUUCUAGAGUUGUUUGCUUAUUAUGCGGUGUUAAUAUCAAUUCAAGAACUAGAAUUUCCAAGGCCGCCAUUUUAGAUCAUGUAAUGGGUCAGAAACAUCUCGGCCUUUCUUUUUCUGAACAAAAUAUUGACGCAUUGAGAAGAUACCAUGAACUGUGGUUAAAUUUUGAUUGCAACUAUCAGGCUCAUCAGGUGUUUUUUCUGCCUAGAGGCUACAGUUUAGCAUGUAGGCUGUGCAAGACAAUGGAGAAAGCAUGUGUAAAGUAUGACUAUACAAUUGUGAGAAAUCAUAUUGAUUCUGAGACCCAUAAAAACAGGCUAAUAAAAAUUACUGAAACUAAUCCUAAAUUGUAUUACUUAGCCUAUGAGCAAGCACAGGUCUACAAUAUGUCUAAUGAGGAGAUGGACAAGAUGUUUAAUCUAUCCACUGAUGGCAAAAGUAAAAAGAAGUCUGAGAAACAACAUAACAAGAACAGUGAUUCAGAUUCAAGUAUUUCAGCAGAUCCAUCAAAUGAAGUAACUUCUAAAGCUAAAUCCGAAAAGGGAAAUAAACUUGAAAUAAAAUCGCACAAUAUAAUAAAAUCGGUGGGUGCCGAGGGAAGUAAUCAUGUGCUGGAUCUUCUACCGAAUCGUUUUAAAAAUCAUCAUCUAUUCCUGCUUGUUACUGCGGACGGAAUCCAGUGUAAAGCGUGUGACGUGACAUUAAAUAAAGAUGUAGAUGUAGUGAGGAAACACAUUAAGAAUCUGCAACACUAUAGAAUGACUGGAUUAAAACCAGAAAAAUAUGAUUACUACUGCGAAAUUUGUAACAUCAAGAUAGAAGCCGAGGAUUUGUGGCAGAAGCAUUUUGAAAUUGGACCCAAUAAUCACAUUAACAUGGCAGAAAGUCGAAAACCAAGAGUAACCGAGUAUGAAUGUACAGUCUGCAACACAGUCAUUUUUGGAGACGAGCUGUCAUUAGCUCGACAUUUGUCCGUGAAAUCAGGAAAGAAAAAGAAACAACAGAAAGAAAUGAAACUGCCUGAUGCUGUUAAGAAAAUGUUUCUGUCCAAAGAAUUCAUAAAUUUCCAGUCAAGAAAUCUGACUAACGCAGCAAAUCAGACGGCAGAAAGUAGCGACUGCACACAUUACUGCUGUGAAAGAUUAGAAGCAGCUCUCAGUACCUUUUUUCCAGAUUGCAAAGCAUUUCCCUUCGGAUCUAGAAUUUCUGGCUUGGGACACGCGUUCAGCGAUUUAGAUAUCUUCAUCGAUACCGGAAAUAUGUAUACCGGUACGAAAAAUCAAGAUACUCAGAGUCAAGCUACAAUUGUACGAAAAGUAGCUAACCUGCUGGGCAAGUCUAAACUAGAGUUUCAAGAUAUUUCGAGAAUAGUUGGAGCUAGAACACCAAUCGUACAAGUCUUCCACGCUCCCACAAAUAUUGAUUGUGACCUGUCCUUCAAACAUGGUUUGAGUGUAGAGAACACAAACUUUUUGAGAUUUUGCAUAGACCUGCAACCAAUCACACAACCAUUGAUUUUAAUCAUAAAGGAAUGGUCAGAAAUGAAUAAUUUUAAGGAACAUGAUCACGUGUCUAACUAUGCGUUGUCAAUGAUGGUAAUUUUUUAUCUACAAACCGAGCGGCACUUGUUGUCUAUAAAGAAACUGAGGGAACUCAACAAGGGAUCAAAUCCAGUUAUAAAUGGUUGGGAGGCAGUUAGUUAUAAAAUCCCCUUAAGCCAAAUGCUACAGUAUGUGAAACCAUGUGACAAGAGCAUUACAGAGCUCUUAAAGGAUUUCUUUAAUUACUACAGUACAUUUCAUUAUGAUACUGAUGUGAGUAUAUAUGUUGUCAAGCUUUAUUCUCCUUGCAUAUGUUUCAUUCAUUCUAUUAGAUCAUCUACAAGAGGGCCAUUGCAGAAAAACUUGUAUACGUUUCAGAAAAACGUGACAAUAUUUUUAGGAUAAAAAAGGACAUCCAAAAAUAAUGAAAAAAGUUACUAUAAAUGUAGAUCCUAAAAUGUGCGAUUACCAAGAUGUUGUAAAUCUCUACGCCCCUAAUGAGGAUCAAUAAGGACAAAACAUAAACAUUGUCCAAAUAACCCUAUAAGUUCCUCUUAUUUCAUUAGGAUCGCAGGUGAAUAAAUACUCUUUCAAACGGAACCAAGAAAAUCGGUGCAGCCAAAAGUUAUAAGACUUUUUCUGAAAUGACAUUCAACCAUUUACCCACGUUACACAACAAUUUAUCUUUGCCAAUUUUUAUCAUAAUUUUUUUUAACCGAUAGCUCUAGGUUGAGCGAUUGCCGAGAUACAGCCGACGUACUUUAUUAUUGGGCCACCCGGAACAUAUGAGCUUUUCUGUAGAAGUAUUUCACAACAGAAUUAUAUUCUUGGGGAUAAAUGCAAAUGCCCCUCAUUCAGAUAUGCAAAAAAUGUUACUGGUAUGGUUAUAUGAAAAUCUUCAAAAAACAUUUGUGUUAAAUUUGCUGCAGCGCUUACAUCUCUGGACAGAAAAAAAUAGUCAUUUCGAAAAAGAAUAGUAGGAUAGUAUAACAGAUAUUACUGAAACUGUUGAACAUUGUUGGUUGUUGUCCACAAAGAUUUAACUUUUCUGCAAAAGUUGCAAUAUAAAAUUAACAACUGCAGCAAAUUUGGCAUACGACUCAUUUCAAAGGUAUUUUUAUUCCCUACAAUUCCUCCAUGGACCCCUUUUAUCAGUACUUGAUAGUUCUUUUAAUAUUAACGAAAAAGUGAUUUUUUACAACUUUGACGUUUAGUAAAAAAGUUGCUCAAAUAUGUAUCUUUAGAAGAGAAGCAAUUUAACCUCAAUGAUUCCGUUUUAAACUUCAUCUACAGACUGCCCAUAUAGCAUGUCAAUUUCUCCUAUGGAGAUAGAAUACAUAAGAGAUCGUAUAAAAAAUAUCCUAUGGGGCCCCUAAAGAACGCUUCUGAUAAUCGGUUUUUCUCAAA